AUGGACAACGUCUCGUCGUGCCGUCGCCUCCUCGACUGGACCCGCGAUCCUCCGCCUCGAAACCUCACACCAUUCCAAACAUUCACGCGCAAUGUUGACUGGGAGAAAUCUCCGUUGGGGCCCAUGGCAACAUGGCCGUCCCAGCUCCGCCAGAUGGUGCUCCUCAUCAUGGCAGACCCUAGUCCAGCCGUUGUCUACUGGGGCGAUGAGAUGACAAUCGUUUACAACGAAGCGUACACGCCGCUCAUCGGUCAAAAGCACCCGGGCCUGCAAGGGCAAGACCCCAAGAUCGGAUUUGCGGAGAUAUGGCCUAUGUUCGACAAGAUUAUAAGGGAUGGACAAGAAACGGGAGAGACACAUAUUGGAGAGAGGCAAAUGCUGCUUCUUCACCGGUAUGGAUUUCUGGAGGAGACGUACUACAGCUGGAAGUUUGUGCCAAUGAUUGGGGACGAAGGCUACGUGGUCGCAUCCUAUGCCACUGUUGUGGAGGUCACCAAAGAGAUGAUUGGGAAUCGUCGCAUGGCUUCAUUGCAACAUAUGAGCUUGCAGCUGGAAGCUGCGAAAGACAUGAAGGGUUUCUGGGCGCAUCUCCAAAAAGGGCUGGAGUCCAACGACAAAGAUCUACCACUCGUUAUGCUGUACUCCGUAGAGAAGGAUACCAGCGGUGAGGCAUCACCACCCAGAUCUGAGCGAGUGGAAUGUGUGCUUGAAGGGUGUAUGGGCAUCUCUGAAGGUCAUGCAUCGGCACCGUCCCGAAUCGACCUUGCAUGUGAGGAUCCUCCUGGUUUCGCAACAGCGUUGAAAAGAUCACUCAUCAUGACCGGCCCACUGCUCCUGGGAAACGAGGAUGCCAGUCUACCGAGCGGCAUAUUCGAGGGUGUUGAAUGGCGUGGCUUCGGAGUUCCAAGCGAAGAAAUAAUCAUCAACCCAAUCAGAACAAGCAGCGGGAGACUUGUUGGGUUCAUGGUCAUGGGACUCAACCCACGGAGGAAGUUUGAUUCCGAUUACCAGACCUUUAUCGACCUCAUCACGAAGCAGAUUACGACGCCUUACGUGUCUGCCAUUCUACUUGCUGAGGAAAUCAGGCAAGGCGAAGAUAAAGCCAAGUCUGCGGCGCUCCAACGCGCCGAAUUGUCAAGCCAGCUUCGACAGCGGACAAAGGAGUACGAGCAGAGCGAGCACCGCUUUGCUCGCUUUGCUGACCUCGCUAACGUCUGCGUUGCCACGACGGAUUCGGAGGCGCGUCUCACUUACGCCAAUUCCGCAUGGUAUGGAAUCAAUCAAAUGCAACCGGAUAAAACGAAGGUUCUGUCCAUCCUUGACCUCGACACAAUCGUUACAGAUGACAAGCUCCUAGUUAGUGAAGAGUGGUCAAGGGUACUGGCCGGAAAGCCCUCGGAUACGUUUCAGCUGCGAUUCAAGAAGCCUUUCAAGGCUUACAGUGAGAGGCACGGUUACAUGAACUUGCCUUAUACAACUGGGUUAUGCGCUGCGUAUCCUGAGCUCGACGACCAAGGAAAGCUCAUAAGUACUACGGCCCUCAUCAUGGACAUCAGCGAACUGAAAUGGAAUGAGGACCAAGUCCGGCUGCGGUCGCGCGAACUGGAGCAAAGCGAGCUCAAGUACAAGAACUUUGCCGACCACGCGCCCAUUGGGGUAGGAUUGAUCAACGCGGGUGGCUUUGUGGAGUAUAUGAACGAGGCGUGGUUUGCUAUUACGGAUCAACCACGCGAUUAUCACAACGCAAGACCUUGGCUGAACACCGUUCAUCCUGAUGACUUCGACAAGACCAAAGCGUUUUUCGACGACCUAGUUGCUUGCAAAGGCCCUCUCACAGUCGAGGCUCGGUUGAAGAGGUCGCGAAGUAUCAACAGCCAAGACGUGGAGCUCGAUCAGGCAUGGAUCCUGGCAUCUGGUUAUGCUGAAGUCAACUCAGACGGCACAUUGAAGAAUGUGGUCUGCUGGAUUACUGAUAUCUCCGCCCAAAAGGCCGCAGCGAAAGUACUUCAAAUCAAAAUGGAUGAGGCACUUGAGCGGAAGAGGCAGCAAGAAAACUUCAUUGAUACGAUAUCGCACGAAAUUCGAAAUCCUCUAUCAGCGGUGCUGCAUUGUGCAGAGGCGAUAGAAUCGUCUCUCAAUGAAGCUAUAUCCGCUAUGGCCAUACCAGCGUCGAAGUCCACUCAGAAUUUCCAGCAGUCAAAACUCAGCGAUACCUUGAAAAAUGCCGCUGAUGACGCGAAGACAAUAGCAUAUUGCGUACAACACCAGAAAGGGAUUGUCGAUGACGUUUUAACUCUUUCCAAGCUCGACUCCAAACUGCUGACCAUCUCUCCAACUGUUGUCCAACCGUGCAAAAUUGUUCGCGAAGCACUUAAGCUCUUCGAAGGAGAACUCAAAGCCGCAGACAUGGAAUUACAGGUCGAGGAUGACCAGCCUUUGCACGAUCUGAACGUGGACUGGGUUCUGCUAGACCCGAGCAGGCUCGUCCAGGUUCUGAUCAAUCUCGUUACGAACGCCAUCAAAUUCACUCGUAAUCGUGCGAGAAGGCAGAUCAGCGUGAAGAUCUCUGCCUCAUCGGAAAGGCCAACAAGGACAUCAACCAGCGUUGAGUACUUUCCCGAACGGGUCACGGAAGCCAGACGGAGGGACAGCACUAUCUCCAAAAACGAUGAACGCCGAGGAGAUGACAUUUACCUUUCCUUGGCCGUCACGGACACUGGCAAAGGACUCAGCACUAAAGAGAAAACUCGCCUGUUUCAGCGCUUUGCCCAGGGGUCAACGAAGACGCAUGCCGAGUACGGCGGCAGCGGUCUUGGCCUCUUUAUUUCACGCCAAAUCACGGAAAUGAUGGGCGGAGAAAUCGGCGUUGCGUCAGAGGAGGGCAAAGGUAGCACUUUCUUCUUCUUCAUCAAGACUCAGCACGCCGCGAAACCGAAAGACGGGGCUGACGGCGAAACGAGUGUACUCUUGCCAUCCACAGCGAAACCGGUUCUUGUUGCAGUAGAUGCUGAGCUUGCAGCUCCACUACCUCUUCGUGAAGCAGAAUUCAAAGCAAAUCCACCUGCUGCGGAAAGCCUUGAGCCAUCAAACAUACUCAUCGUUGAAGACAACCUUGUAAACCAAAAGGUUCUAAGCAAACAGCUAAGCACCCGCGGCUACAAAGUCUCCGUUGCGAACAACGGGGCCGAAGCUCUCGCAAGUCUUUACAAGACCGCAUCGUAUAAACAUGGCGGUACCGAACCCACAUUCGAUAUGAUACUCAUGGAUGUAGAAAUGCCGCACAUGGAUGGUUUAACAUGCGUUCGUCGGAUCAGGAGCCUGGAAGCGAGAGGGUUGCUCGACGGCCGUCGAGCGGUUGUAGCUGUUACUGCGAACGUGCGCGACGAACAUGUCAGCGCUGCGAUGGACGCCGGCAUGGAUGCUGUUACCACGAAGCCGUAUCGCAUGGACGAUCUGCUCCAGCAGAUGAAGAAGGCUUACAACGAUACAAGUUAG